CAUUUCGGUUGUGUUUAGUGCCGACAUUAUAUCCACUCCAUUCCUGCGCUGCCCAUUGGAUAUCCAAAACAAAUCUCCGAAAAUCUCAAAAGGAUUAUCAGCUGACUUACAAAUUAACACUUCACAACAACAAGAUGAUGAUGCUACAUCCCACACCAGCACAGCGCGUGAGUAUCCGCGAGGAGCUCCGCGAGCCUGAGGAUCCAGCUGAUAUUGAGCGUGACAUUAAGUUGAUCCGUGAAUGGCUGGAGACGCAGCCUCAUCUGCCCAAGGAUAUGGACGAUAUGCGUCUAACGACAUUCUUGCGAGGCUGCAAAUUCAGCCUGGAGAAGGUGAAGAAGAAGCUGGACAUGUACUAUACAAUGCGUAAUGCGGUUCCCGAGUUCUUUUCCAAUCGUGACAUCAAUCGCGAGGAGCUCAGCAUUGUGCUCGACUAUGUGCACUGUCCCACAUUGCCGGGAAUUACGCCCAACGGACGUCGGAUUACGUUCAUCUGCGGCAUUGACUGCGAUUUCCAGCCUCAUCAUAUUCUGGACGCCAUGAAGGUGGCUCUGAUGAUUGGUGAUGUCCGUCUGGCGGAGGAGUCUGUGGGCAUUGCCGGCGAUGUGUUCAUCAUAGACGCCUCCGUGGCUAGCGCCUCACAUUUUGCAAAAUUCUCACCGACGGUGGUCAAGAAGUUCUUGAUAGCUGUCCAGGAGGCGUAUCCCGUUAAGGUGAAGGAGGUGCAUGUGUUCAAUAUCUCACCAUUGGUGGACACCAUUUACAACUUUGUGAAGCCCUUCGUCAAGGAGAAGAUCCGCAGUCGCAUCACCUUCCACAACGAUUUGGAGAGUCUCUAUAAGGUGGUACCCCGUGAUCUGCUGCCCAACGAAUACGGCGGCAAGGCGGGACCCGUUGUCGAGCUGAACCAAUGGUGGAAACAGAAGCUUGCCGACAACACCAAAUGGUUUAACGAACAGGAGGAUAAGAAGGCCAACGAAUCGUUGCGCCCGGGUGCACCAAAGACCAGCGAUGAUCUAUUUGGCAUGGAAGGAACUUUCCGUCAAUUGAACAUCGAUUGAGAUUACAAUUUAAUUAUUAUAUUAAAUGCGUUCGUUUUUCACAUGUAUUUUAUAUUCAUAUUAACCAAUCAUUUGUUUUGUUCGCUUCACGCUUCAUUUCCUAUCUAUUCCAUGAUGUCUCCACAUUGCAGUAAUUACAAUAAAUAAAAAAGCCGCAGCAUAUUAAGGAAUGAAUAAAUCA